CCCCCUCCCUUCCUUUUCGCGAUCCGUUCUCCCCAUUCAUCCGGCCAUCUUCCUCUCUCUUUCCGCACCCUCGAAUCCCGCCGUUCGGCCAAGCACACGCGCUCAAAAUAACCAUCGUCUGAUCUGACCUGCUUUGGUCCCGGCACGGCACAUGGAUCCUUACGCGACAGCGGGCGGCGCCCCACAGCUGACGGCGCCCUCUUCCAGUGAUUCCGCUAACAGCUCGCCGUCGGUGUCCACGGGGACGGCGACCUCGACUGCCACCCCGAUCUCAUCGGCGACCACUGAGCCACACCCUGUCGCUCCUGCUUCGGUCCCCGCAGCCUGUCUCGCCUGUCGCGGCAAGCAUCUCAAGUGCGAUGGGAACAACCCUUGCUCGCGCUGCACUAGCUCCAACACCGAGUGUCUCUACGUGCCCUCUCGCCGCGGCUACAAGGGCCCGAGAAGGGGGACGGCACAUAACCCGAACAAGCGGCAUGCAUCCUCCUCCCCGCCCUACCCGGGCACCGAGGGGGACUGUCCCAUGCUGCUGGGACACGGGGGCGUGAACGUGAACGUGAACCUGACCGCGUCCGGCCUCGCCGGCUUCAACCCAGCCAUUGUGCUCCCGGAGCAGUCUCCGGCCUCUUAUACGAACCCGUCCCCGCUGACUAGCGUCCCCCUCUACCGGAACCCGUUCGUCAACGCCAUGGAUCCCAACGGUCUGGCCCUGACGUCCGCCACGGCCGGCGCGCCUCCGGUCCAGGCGCCGCCGCCCACGCUGGAGCAGCGCUGCUUCGACGCCUUCUAUCACUUCUUCCACGCAGGCCACCCCUUCGUGCUGCCCAAGGAGUACUUCCUCCGCAUGCUCAAGGAGGGCUUCGCCCCGAACAUGAACAUCGUCCUGGCCGCCAUGCGGUACAUCGGCUCGCUCUACAUCGACGCCGGGCCCGCCAGGGCCACCUACCUCGACGAGGCCAUCCGGCUGUGCUACCAGCCCGGCACCACCAAGGACGGCUUCCUGAUCCAGGCCCUGCUGCUCAUCAUCAUCGGCCUGGACGGCCAGUGCAACCAGCCGAGAGCCCGGGAGCUGCUUGCCGACUGCGAGCACUACGCCAUCGAGAUCGACCUCAACAAGCGUGACUUCGCCACUAUCCACGGCCGCGGCAACCCCGUGCUCGAGGAGAGCUGGCGGCGGACCUGGUGGGAUCUGUACGUCUGCGACGGCAUGAUCGCCGGCGUCCACCGCGUCACCAAGUUUCUGCUGUUCGACAUACAGGCCGACGUGGGCCUGCCGUGUGAGGAGCAGCAGUACCUCACGGGCCGGAUUCCCACCCAAACCCUCUACAUGGAGGACUUUGACGACCAAGGCUUCUCGGACGAGGAUCGCGAGUUCUCGUCCUUCACCUACCGCAUCGCCGCGGCCCGGAACCUGGGCCGGAUGAUGCGCAUGCCGCCCGUCAUGUUCCCCGACGACUCCACCGUCGACCGCGUGCAGUCGCUGCUGACCAACUGGAGGAUACACCUGCCGGACAGCAAGCGCGACGACCUGAACAAGAACUGCACCCUGGACGAGAUGAUGUUCCAGGCGCACUUUAUCACCCAUGCCUGCACCAUCAUGCUGCACCAACCGCUCUCGCAGCUCGACACGACGCCCGUGCAGGCCGUCAACUCGUGCGCGCCGCACCGGCCGGUGCCGUCGGGCGACGUGUUCAACGCGCACACGCGGCACACGCUGACGGCGGCGGCGGAGAUCUCCAAGAUGAUCACGCAGGCGGUGCCGGUGACGCAGCACACGCACUUCUUCACGUGCGUCGUGACGCUCUCGUCGAUCGUGCACCUGUCCCGGUGGGCGCUCUACUUCGUCGACGACGAGGACCACCUGCGCCAGCAGAUCCGCCUCAACAUCGGCGCCCUCCGCAAGCUCAGCCGCGUCUGGAAGGCCGCCGACACCGCCUGGACCCAGGUCCGCGCCGUCGCCCACGACAUCUACCGCGAGAAGAAGGCCCAGCAGAUCAGCCCGGCCUUCUGGGUCGGCUUCACCCAGGAGCAGAUGAUGAGCAGCAUCAACGCCGACGAGGGCAUCAUGAGCGAGUUCCAGAACGCCGCCGCCAAUGGAGCUGCCGUCGGCAGCGGCGUCAUGGGAAGGGUCAGCCAGGAGUGAAGACAGACAGAGGGAAAGGGGAAAAAAAAAAGACAAAGAAACAAAAAAAAGCCUCCGGGCCAUGGCGGCUUGAUGCUGUGGAAGGGCGGGCCGUGUCGGAUUUCGGGGUGAUGUCGUCUCCCCGUUUUUAGGGGAGUAAAGGGAAAAAACGGGUUUCCGGUUCUAAUUAUCUAAGGUGUUUGUUUAAUCAAGGCUGGGUUUGUUUAUCUGGGUGCAGCUGGUAGCGCAGCGCUCGAGGAAGAAAAUAAAGGAGUUUGGCCUGCAGCCUUGAACUUUGAUUUUUAUU